CGCGUGAGCCUUGCACUGGCUCUGUCCUAAAGCCAUCUUUGCAUUGUUCCUGCCGUUGCUGCUGCUGCUGCUGCUGCAAGCAAAAAGAAAAAGCAAGCCGCCUCCGACCCGUCGCACUCGUUGGAAAGCUUCUUUUAAAAAAAUAAUUACCGAUACUUAAAUAUUUUUUAUUCUUCUUCCAAUCUUAAUCGGCGUUUGGAUUUGUUUGUUGACCUUUUUUAUUUUUUUUGCUGGUGGUGUGUUUUUUUUUGGAAGGGGAAAACCAGGACUUUAUUUUUCUAUAUUUUUAAAGCUCUUACACAGAGUUCUUUCCUUCCUCCCUCCAUCUCUCUCUUAUCUCCCACUCGCCAUGUCAGACACAGCCGUGGACACCAGCUCCGAGAUCUCCACCAAGGACUUGAAAGAGAAGAAGGAAGUUGUGGAAGAGACAGAAAAUGGCAGGGAUGCACCGGCCAAUGGCAACGCUGAGAACGAGGAAAACGGGGAGCAGGAAGCAGACAACGAGGUAGAUGAGGAAGAGGAAGAAGUCGGUGACGACGAGGAGGAUGAGGAAGAAGGUGAUGGUGAGGAAGAGGAUGGUGAUGAGGAUGAAGAAGCAGAAGGCCCCACAGGCAAACGGGCAGCUGAGGACGACGAGGAUGAUGACGUCGAUCCCAAGAAGCAGAAAACCGACGAAGACGAUUAGGGAGCCGAGCGAUCUAAAGAGAAUAUACACACACGCAAUUUUUUUUAACUUUAAAAAGGAAAAAAAUGAAUUUUUUUUAAAAAGGCCAGCGCGACCGACUUCACCUUUGAAAAAGUUCCCGUUGCGAAGAAGCGUAAUAACGUCCCCGUCCCCCCUUGUUUCCCCUCCUUCUUGCUGUGGUCACUUGUCAACAAGUAGAGCAGGAAAAAAGAAAAUAAUAAUAAUCCAAGGAAAAGCCAGUCUUGCCGCAGCCAUUUCUCCCAACUCUGUACAAAAUUUAAAAGGAGAGGAAUAAUACAAAAUAAUACGAAAUAUCUCUCUCCUACUAGGAUAUGCCACCUUGGGAUUGGGAAUUGGAAAUGGCUCGGUUUUCCUAUCUUGUAACCUUUUCCCCCCUUUAAAAAAAAACACUGAAAACUUCAAGGCCCAGCUUACUUUCUUAAAAAAGUAACUUUAAAGGAGAAUUUGUUUGUAUUUUUUAUUUACAUUUUAUAUUUUUGUACAUAUUGGGGACGAGGUCAGCCAUUUUUAACGCGAUCUCCGAUUGACCAAAAGGGAGGGAGGGGGCUUUGAAGUGCAGGGUUUUUUUUUCUCUCCUCUCUAUUCCUAAUACAAAACAAAAAAAAGAGAAGCUGCAAAAUAAUAAUAAUAAUAAUUUUUUUCUUGACUUUACUUGUGGUGUGACCAUGUCCAAAUAAUAAAAAAAAUUCCAUAAUCUCAAAAUGAGAGUUAAAAAAAAAUAAGAGAAAACCUUGUAAAAAACUUUUCAAAAAUGCAAAAAAAGUCCACAAUCUUUAUUCUGAGCAUUCCAGUAACUCUUUUUUGUGUAUGUACUUUUAGCUGUACCAUAAGUAGUGGGUUUGUAUGAGAUGGCAAGGCCAAAGAUAAAAGGGUUUUUUUCUUUUUUUUCUCCUUUUUCUCUUUUAUUUUGUCUUAUUGAAGUUGCUGUUAAUUUUCUUUCUUUUUUUGGCCUGUUUGAUGUAUGCGUGAAAAACAAAUGUUGUCCAACAAUAAACCGGAAUUUUAUUUUGCUGAGUUGUUCUAACGAA